AUCAUGUUAGACCACGUCCUCGGGAGGCCAUCGUCUAAAUCAAGACGUCUGCAAGUCCUGGCCGUAUUGUCCUUUUGGACGUUUUAUCUCUACAAUGGCCACAAACAUGGCCCGCCAUUUGCUCAGAAAAUAUCCAAAUUCUUCUCUCGGCGGUUGACAGCAUGGCAGACGGUUGUUAUUACCAUGCUAUACCUCUAUGCCGCACGCAACUUUAGUGCUCUGGUCGGCCUGGCCAGUCCCGAGCCCAUGGCCAAUAUGUACGAUCCCACCUACUACCGGGCCACUUGGGUCUUGACCGCGUUAGAUGCCGGGUUUUGGACUGCCAUGAAGAUCCGAUCGAAGUGGCUACGUGAUCUUGCCAGCAUUGUCUUUUCUUUCUACUAUCUCGUGGCCGCCGAAAAGGCAGACGAAAAGGUCCGCAAGGUCCGUGGAAUGAUUACGGUCGAGCACCUGCGAGUUGCGUGGAACAAGGGAACGACUCCAUACUUGGGCUUCCUCCAGCGUCUUGUCCGACCACGGUUUACAAGAUGGCCGCCCAGACAAGUCCGCAUCCCGCGACCUGCCAACAGCGACUAUAAAGAAGCCGUUUCCGCCUGGCUUUACUACGACGGCCCGCUUGCGGAUCUCGAGCAUCACAAUAAACUCGUCUUGGACGUGCCUGGUGGCGGGUUUGUGGCCAUGGAUCCUCGAUGCAACGACGACAAGCUGUUUGCCUGGGCUUCCAAGACUGGCCUGCCCAUUCUCAGCAUCGACUAUAAAAAGGCACCAGAGUAUCCGUACCCUUACGCUCUGAACGAGUGCUUUGACGUCUACGUAACUCUUAUCAAAUCCCGGGGUAGAUGCAUUGGCAUGUCAGGCAAAGAGGCUCCCAAAAUCGUCAUUACUGGAGACAGCGCAGGCGGUAAUCUAGCUGUUGCAACGACACUGAUGGUGCUCGAGACUGGAAUCAGCCACUUCCGACGCGCUUCAGGCGUUGGCAAACUGCCGCCUCCGGACGGUCUCGUCUGUUUCUACCCCACACUGGACAUGAAUAUCGGAAACUGGAUGUCGGACGAGCAAAUGUCGCUCAUUCGAGACCGGAGGAUGAGGAAGACGAACAAGUCCAUCGUGCGGAGGAAGAGCAUGCAGUACAACGACCUCGUGGGAACGCCGCAUCACUCCGACGAUGAGGACGGGACGCCUCCACUAAAACAGACUACCGAUUCCCCUACCAACAUGAAUGGGGGAACACGACCCGAGUACUGCCAUGCUGGUCCCAAAUCACUCAGCACUGCCAACAGCCCCGAUGAGAAGAAGGAAGGGGCUGUAUCUCAUCGUGCAGAGCCCAUGAAGACCCGUCUAGCAACGUCAUCCAUGAUAUCUUAUUUCAACGACCGCGUCAUCACCCCCGAGAUGAUGCGAGCCAUGAUUAUCUUGUACAUUGGAGCGCAUAACCGCCCCGACUUUACGCAGGACUACUUCCUGAGUCCCGUCCUUGCUCCCGAAGAGCUGCUAGAAAAUUUCCCCAAGACAUAUUUUAUGACAGGAGAACGAGAUCCCCUGGUCGACGACACGGUCAUCUUCGCAGGACGUCUACGGCGAGCAAAAGAGGCUGCAGCACGACGACAGCUUUCCCGGUUAUCAGUUGUGGAUGAGAACUGGACAUUUGACGACAAGGAGGUCACAGAGGUGCUUCUCAUUCCCGGCACGUCGCACGGCUUCAUGCAGUUCCCGGGCGUCUAUCCGCCAGCGUGGAAACACUUCGAUCGAAGCGCAGCCUGGUUCGACCAGCUCUUCAUCGAUGCCGAGACACAACGAGCAGAACAAGCCAGA